CGCUUGCAUAUUAGAGCUUUGAUCUCUCUUGGAUCCUUCGAGAUCGGGCAUGGACGAUGUGAAGGAUAAAGUCAAGGGUUUUAUGAAGAAGGUGAAUAAUCCCUUCUCAUCCUCGUCUUCUGGUAAAUUCAAGGGCCAUGGGAGAGUCUUGGGCUCUUCUUCAUCUGGUCCCUCUAACCCUGUUCUUGCUCGCCCAACCCAGAUCGCCGAAUCAAGACAAAAUCCACCAGUAUCAAAUCCAAAGCCGAAGCCGCAGAUACCCCAGACCGAUUCUGGUACCGACCAGACCCUGAAAGACGAGCCCAUUCGAGAAAAUGUUCCCAAUUCAGAUCACAAAGCGGCAAAUGGUUUUGAUCCUUUUGAGUCUUUAGUCACCUCGGGGAAACGUUCUCAGAAUGGAUAUUCUCUUAAGGUUUUCGAGUGCCCAGUUUGCAAUAAAUCUUUUAGGUCUGAAGAGGAUGUGUCUGUACACAUCGAUAGCUGCAUCAGUGACAAGGUUUCCAAUGCUGAUGUUGUUGAAGAAUCCCCAAUGAAUGGGUCCAAUGCAGAGGCUUUGAAUGAAUUGGCGGAUCGUGUUGGGGCUUUUCUUUCUGGAGGGCCCUCAGAAGGGUCAGUGGAGGUUGUUCUUAAGCUUUUGCGGAAUAUUAUCAAAGAGCCAACCAAUGCCAAGUUCCGAAGAAUUCGUAUGAGCAAUCCAAAGAUUAGGGAGGCUGUUGGUGCAGUGGCAGGAGGUAUUGAGUUGCUGGAGUAUGUUGGAUUUAGACUUCAAGAAGAAGGUGGAGAGAUUUGGGCAGUUAUGGAAGAACCUUCGGAGGAUCAGAUAUCUUUAAUCAAAGAGUCCAUAUUGUUACUGGAGCCGCGGAAGACAGAAGACAUACAAUGCUUCUCAAGAAAGACGGAAGACUUACCAUCUGUAGUUGCAUCAACUGAGGUAGAAGGUCCAGUGGAGCCAAAGAAAAUCGACAGACAGAUUCGAGUCUUCUUUUCUGUUCCUGAAAGCAUAGCAAGGAAAAUUGAUCUGCCAGAGUCUUUCUACAACCUCUCUGCUGAGGAGCUGAGAAGAGAAGCUGAGACAAAGAAGAAAAAGAUAGCAGAAUCUCAGCUACUUAUUCCUAGAUCAUAUAAAGAGAAGCAGGUGAAAACUGCAAGGAAGCGAUUCAAAAAGGCUGUUAUCCGGAUCCAGUUUCCUGAUGAAGUAGUGCUCCAAGGCGUCUUUUUCCCAUGGGAGCCGACUACAGCGCUUUAUGAGUUUGUCAGCUCAGCACUCAAAGAACCCAGUUUGGAAUUUGAACUAUUGCAUCCAGUAGUUAUCAAGCGGCGGGUGAUCCCACGGUUUCCUGUUGCUGGGGAUAGAACUCCAACAUUAGAGGAAGAGGACUUGGUACCAACAGCUCUUGUAAAGUUCAGGCCCAUUGAGACAGAUUCAGUUGUUUUCACUGGGCUCUGUAAUGAGCUCCUAGAGAUCAGUGAACCACUCAGCUGAUGGUGAGUUGCUUCAGCAUGUGUCUCUGGAGGCUGUAACUCCUUAUAGAGUGAUAUGGUGGUUGCUGUCUCAAGUGUUGGGUUUUCAGAGCCAUUGUUGUAAAUGUGACUUUUAUGCUGUAGCCAUUUCUACAUUGGUUGGGUUUUGUAGCCCUUGUUGUAAAUGCAUUUUCUGUUCCGUUGCCGUUCAUUGGUUGGUGUUCCAGAAGCUAGACUUUUGGUGCACUUUAAGGUUUAAUGUUUCAUACCUUCUCAACUCAACAAUAAAAUUUCUGGAAUUUAAUUGUUAAAUCAUUAAUGUAUACAUAGACUAGAAUGUAAAUAUGCAUCCAUUUUUUAUUGUUGAGAAGGUAGAAUUGCUCUUGAAUUUCAUUGUGUGAUCCAUCAUUUUUAUGUUAUUUUGAUAAUAACAAGCUGAUUUUUUAUUGAU